CCCAACAAAGGGCAGCAUUGGCUCCAAUAAAAAGAGACCACCAGGGCCACCAGGAUGGCCGAUUGUGGGCAAUAUGUUUGAUCUUGGAACAAUGCCUCACCAAAAUUUGUACCAACUUAGAACCAAAUAUGGAUCGGUUCGUUGGCUAAAGCUUGGUUCAACGAACACCAUGGUCAUACAGUCUGCAAAGGCUGCUGCUGAACUGUUCAAGAAACAUGAUCUUCCUUUCGCGGACCGCAAAGUUCCAGAUGCACUAACUGCCUUGUGCUACAACCAGGGAUCAUUGGCUUUUGGAAAUUAUGGUCCCAACUAG